AAUAUCAUCUCUGCCAUGAUAAGUACCAGGCAUCAGCCUCGCGCCCGUGUGGCGGUGCCGCUCUCCGCAUCUCCUUCCUCGAUACUCCCCGCCCUGGACUCGCCCCUCGCAGAUCCCGAUCUCCGCCGGUAUCUCACCAUGGGGAUCAUGACCAACGGCUCGACCGGGGAGGCGUCCGGCCUGAAGUUCCUGAUCUACGGCCGGACCGGGUGGAUCGGCGGCCUGCUGGGCCGGCUCUGCGAGGCGCAGGGCAUCCCGUACGUCUACGGCGCCGGCCGGCUCGAGAACCGGUCCCAGCUGGAGGGGGACAUCGCGGCGGCCGGGCCUACCCAUGUCUUCAACGCGGCCGGGGUGACCGGCCGGCCCAACGUGGACUGGUGCGAGACCCAUCGGGUGGAGACCAUACGCGCCAACGUGGUCGGGACGCUGACGCUGGCCGAUGUCUGCCGCGAGCGGGGGCUGGUGCUCGUCAACUACGCCACCGGAUGUAUCUUCGAGUACGAUGACGCCCACCCGCUGGGAUCCGGGAUCGGGUUCAAGGAGGAGGACAUUCCCAACUUCACCGGAUCUUUCUACUCUAAGACCAAGGCCAUGGUUGAAGAGUUGCUAAAGAAUUAUGAGAAUGUUUGUACCCUCCGUGUUAGGAUGCCCAUCUCAUCAGACCUUUCAAAUCCUCGCAACUUCAUCACCAAGAUCACCCGGUAUGAGAAGGUUGUCAACAUCCCCAACUCCAUGACCAUCUUGGAUGAACUUCUCCCCAUCUCCAUUGAAAUGGCAAGGAGAAAUCUCACCGGGAUCUGGAACUUCACCAAUCCUGGUGCGGUUAGCCAUAAUGAGAUCUUGGAGAUGUACAGAGACUACAUCGACCCAAACUUCACUUGGAAGAAUUUUUCUCUAGAGGAGCAGGCAAAGGUGAUAGUUGCCCCUCGGAGCAACAAUGAACUUGAUACCACCAAGUUGAAGAACGAGUUCCCAGAGCUUCUGUCCAUCAAGGAAUCCCUGAUAAAGUAUGUGUUCAAACCAAAUCAGAAUGCUUCUGCAGCCUGAAAAUCGGAUCUAAGUUUACUCAGCUGAUCAUGAAUGUAGAAUUUUCUGGUAAGAAUGAAUGUAGUUGUUUCGAUUUGUGAUGGCCAUGCAUUCAUCAAGAAAUAAAGAGUGACGGUUAAAAGCUUGUCAUAGCCAGAUAGCCUUUUUCCUCUCCGGUUCGGUACUCUGAAGGAGUCUUAUCCAGUUGAUUUCCGCCGAAAAAUGGUCGUGCAAGUCAGUCUUUUUAUUUUGGAAGUAUUUUUAUGAUUAUAUGUAGUUCACUGUUCCUGUAUUUCAGAAUGUCAAAAUAAUAAGUUAUUGGUUCAAAAAAUGUCAGAAUUAAGGUCGAUUAGAUGAUCAAUUUCUCAAAA